GUCCCUUGCUCUUCUUUGUCCAAGUGAAACAAAAGGACUUCUGCGCCAGCCUUCGUCAGGUGUGGAAGUCUCUCUCUUGCCUGUGUAUCAGUGACAAAUUUCCACCGUUCUCUCUGGGACGUUUGUCCUCAUCUAUUUUGCCCGCCAGGCACUCUACAGGAGGGGCACCUGUACAUAGGAUUACUUUUGGCCAGCUCCAUUUUUUCCGCUCUGCGGAAAAUUCUUUAACGGUCUUUGGUGGGCAGCCGGUUACUGUACUCAGGUGGGAGUGUUGGCGUCCCUCUCUACUGGGGCUUGGCAAGGGCGUCCGCCGGAUCUAAUUGGAAACUUAAGUCUCUAUCUCUAUUUACAAAGGAACUUUUGUUCCUUUUCUGUCAUCGUCCAGCCUUGGGCAACAAAUCUUCCUGGUACCAUCGAGAAACCGGGUUCGAUACGGCGUAUGUUGUCAGUGGCCCUAAUAAACCCAACAACAACAACAAGUGAAGCAUAAAACCUCUGAGCAAACUGCAUCUAACCUGAAGAAGAAGAGUGAGACGCCUAUACUUAUGUUAGCAGGCACUAACAGCCUCGUUGAUCGUGGAGAUGAUGGCACUGUGUCUCUGAGAUGUCAGGAACAACUUCUUCGAGACCUCGAAACAUCGGUGUUUUAAAUGAAUGAUAAUGAUGUCAGAAGUCCACGUCUUUAAUUAAGGUGCAGACCUUGUGGUUACACCAUGGUGAGGCCAAGACACAGCCACACUGUGAGUGCUCUGCUUCACACAUACUGUACUGAUGCAAUUUUUUGUGGCGAGGCUCUGAAGUCGGUUCUGGUGUCAUUCCUCAAGUCAUUUGUUGCAUCAUUCUUGCCGUAAGUUCUAGCAUCGUUCCUCAAGAUUGAUGCAAUAUACCUUGUGGUGUUGCUAUGAGGUUUGUUCCAUCAUCAGUCCUGCAGUUCUAACUUCCUUCGUGAACACGGCUUUCAAGAACCAGAAACUGUUACUGGCAUCUGAGAAGACUACACAAUAUGUGAAAGGAAACAUACUUUAACCUUACUCUAUAUGAAUUGAAAAGACCUCUUCCUUUCUAUGUGUUUUCACUUGUUUUUAAUUAUUAAAAAAAAAAAAAAGUGCCCUCCCAAAAUGGAAUUACAUAUAUAUAUAUAUAUACAUGAUAAAGAUGUAUUAAUACUGUUUGGAAAAUUUUUCACAUAAAAGAACUUUGGGUUCUUUUCAGGCUCUGUAUGGCCCCAAUGGAUUUAGUGCUUCUCCUUUAUAUAAUAAUAAUAAUUUAGGUUUAUUUAUGCCUCGUGGAAAUCAUGUUUACAUUUAAUUAUUCAGAAAGGCUGAGGUGAAGGCAUUUUCUGGGUUUGAUAAAAUAUGAAUGAAAGAAAUCAUGCGAGAGCUAUUUUUUUUUUCACAUGCUUGUUUUAUUCAAGGUCUAGUGAGUGAAGUUCAUUCAGUUAGAACAUGGAUAUGCUUGUUCAUACCCAGGAGAAAAAAUAUGAAUGCAAGGAAUGUGGAAAAGUGUUUUCUAAAAAGAGUCAUGGAAAAAGCCACCUGUUGGUUCACACGGGCGAGAAGAAGUUCGAGUGUGAGGUUUGUCACAAUCUAUUUAGCAGAAAGAGCAAUCUGGUAACUCAUAUGCACAUUCAUACGGGUGAUAAGAAGUUUGAAUGUCAAGAGUGUGGCAAUCUGUUUUCUCAGAAGGUUAAUCUUAUCGCUCAUAUGCCUAUUCACACAGGUGAGAAAAAGUUCCACUGUGAGGAGUGUGGGAAACAGUUCACUCAUCUGAGCACCCGUAACAAACACCGACUUACUCACACACAGGAGAGAAAAUUCAAAUGCGAGGAAUGCGGCAAAAUGUUUCUUCGAAAAAGCCAUCUUAACACUCACAUCCUUACCCACUUUCUCCGUGGGAAUGACAAGUUAGAUUGUGAAGAGUGUGGGAAGUCAUUCUCUAGAAAAGAGGAUCUCUCUUUGCACAAAAUUUUCCACAAAAAUAAGGAAAAUUUUAAGUGUCAGCAGUGUGGGAAAGUGUUUAAUCUGCUGAGUCAGCUUGAUGCCCACACUCCAGUGCACAAUGCAGAAAAAAAACAUGAAUGUGAGAUAUGUGGCAAAAUGUUCACUCAAAAAAGCAACCUCAGAACACACACACUUGUGCAUACGAGGGAGAAGAACUUUGUAUGUGAGGUCUGUGGCAAGGUGUAUGCUCGCAAGAGUGGCUUGAAGGGUCACAUGCAUGUUCACACUGGUGAGAAAUAUGAAUGUGAAAUAUGUGGAAAUUUGUUCACUCAGAAAGUAAGUCUCAGUUUGCAUGUUUCUAUUCAUACAGGUGAGAAGAACUAUGAAUGUGAGAUUUGUGGGAAAUUAUUUGCUCGGAAAAGUAGCCUCAACACCCACAUGCCGGUGCACUCUGGUGAGAGGAAGUAUGAGUGUCAGAUAUGUGGGAGAAUGUUUAUACAUAAGAGUAAUCUCAGUAAGCACAUACUCAUUCACUCAGGUGAGAAAAGGCAUGAGUGUGAAAUCUGUGGGAAACUUUUCACUCAGAAAGGUAGCCUCAACAAUCACAUGGCAGUUCAUUCCAGUGAAAAGUAUGAAUGUGAAGAAUGUGGAAAGGUCUUCACCAUGACAAGCAGCCUCCUCAGACAUAAAAUCCUUCAUACUGGCAAGAAGAAGUUUGAGUGUGAGGAGUGUGGGAAACUGUUUUAUCGAAAAAGUAAUCUUCUGUCCCAUAUGUCUGUUCACGCAGGUCGGAACAAGAGUGAGUGAGAGGGAUGUGGAAGAAUGCUCACUCAGUAGAGUACUUUCCAAACUUGUGUGUUUAUUCUUGUCAGUGAGAGAAAAGUCAGUGAUAUUUGAAAUGAAAGAAUGAAAUUCUCGUACUGUUCACAGUUUUGUUAAGGAUAAAGGUGGUAGUUGCACUUGACUGUCAUACUCUUCCAGUGACUGCUGAUCUUAGCCUGGCUUGUCAAAAUAUCCAGGGAUGUACUGUGUUGGUAAUUCUUACAUAAUGACUUAGACAUGAUUCAUGCAAACCUCUUGUACAGUCGGUGAAUUUUUUUAACACUGGCCGUCUCCAACCGAGGCAGGGUGACCUGACAAAGAAAACGCUUCACUGUCACUUGUUCAGUCACUGUCUUAUCAGAAGAGCACUGAUCAGAUGACCCCUCCAAAUUGCAACAUCCCCACCCCUCCUUCAGAGUGCAGGCACUGUACUUCCCACCUUUAGGACUCAAGUCCAACUGGUUUACCUAAAUCCCUUCAUGAAUGUUACCUUGUUCACACUCCAAUAUGACAGAUCAUAAAAUAAUACUUGCCUACACUACUAAAUAACAUGUUCACUCAAGCAUGUUGGGUGUCUAAGUCCCUAGCACUCAAAACCUCCUCUCACCCCCUCCCUCCAACCUUUCCUAGAAUGACCUCUGCCCCUCCUUCCCUCCACCCCAGACUUAUAUGCCCUCCUAGUCAUCCUACUUUGCUUCUUCCUCUCUAAAUGUCCGAACCACCUCAGCAACCCCUUCUCAUCCCUCUGAAUAACACAACAUCUCUACUGUCUUCAACCUUCUCCUCACUGCAGCAUUCAAAACCCAAGCUUCACACUCAUACACCAGUGUUGAUACCACUAUAUUUUAAUACAUUUCCCUUUUUGCCUCCAUGGAUUAAUCCGUUAACGGUCCAAACGUAUAUAUACGUUUUUUCAACAUUUGAAAGUAUGUAAAAAAAGUAGAUCUUCUUUUUGUUUUUUUACAUUUGAAAAUGUGUAAAAAAAACUUUGAUCUACUCUUUUUUUUUUGUUAUAUUUGAAAAUAUGUAAAAAAAACGUAGAUCUACUUUUGUAGCACUACACAUGUGAACGUAGAUCUGCUUGGACCGUUUAUGGGUUAAGUUCUAUACAGUGGUACCCCUAGUUUUGUACAUAAUUCGCUCCAGAAGGCUGUUUGAGUGCCAUUGCCGAAUGAAUUUGUUCCUAUAAGGAAUAAUGUAAAUAGAUUAGUUCAUUUCAGAACCCCAAAAAUACAGUUACAAAAGCACAUACAGUGCUUUUGUAACUGUAUGGGAGCAGUACAGAGCUCAGGGUACCACUGUACUAUAUCCACAGAUGCUUCAAUGCACCACCCAUCUGUUUUCCUUCAUCAGUUCUAUGGUUCACUUCAUCUCUUGUAGAACCACUUGCCAACAAGUCCCCACCCAGAUAACUGAACACAUUUGCUUCCUCUAUACUCCUUCCCUCCCUCCAGCAUAUUACAAAAUAUUUCUCAACAAACACUCUCUCUGUAUCUUAACUACAUUCCUGAAGAAGCUUAACCCUUUGACUGUUGCAACCCCAAAUCCUAAAGUGUCUGUGUCACAGAAUAUUAAAAAAAAGUUAUUUUUUUUCAUAUGAAAUGAUAGAUAAUCUUUUCCCGAUGAUAAUGACACCAAAAGUACGAAAUUUUAUGGAAAACUUACGGAAUUAUGCUCUCUUGAAGUUAGUGAUCUCGGCGAUAUAUACGCAUCUGCGAUUUCGCUCAAUUUGAGCCCUAUUUUCAGCCAAUUCCAUUGAUCCAGUCAGCUAGACUUACAGCUGUUUCUUUAGAACUCCAUUUGUUCUAUCAAUUGAGCACAAGAAACCAUUCACUUACCAAUUUCAACUACCCAAUAAAGUGGUCAGAAAUUGGCAAUUUGGCCAAUUUCAUGCAAAUUAAAAAAAAAUGCCAAUUUUAAAAUAGGGUCCAGAAUAAACAAUGCAGACAUUCCUGGCACUAAAAUAACAUUUUCUCUGUUCAUUAGUCACGUCUUCAGGCCCCUCUUAUAUUACUCUUGCUUUCUAUUUUAAAUUUUUAUUCUCACAAAAAAUAGAAGAUUUACUGUUAUGCAGACUACUGCAUUAUUAUAAUAAUUGUAUAAAUAAUGUCAACCCAUUUGUGACUGUGUAUUAGAAUGGCUAGUUGGACACAUGUUGGACAGCGGCACCAUUUGUUUACUCUUGAACAUCGGCAAAAAUCGAACAUGUCCACUAAUUUGAGCUCAAUUUCAAGGUCCUUUUCAUCGUGAAACUAAUCAAAAUCAUCUCUAUUUCUGUAAAAUGUCUUCCAGUCUAUCACAAGAGACCAAGAAAGUGAGAAUGCAGCCAUAAAUACUAUACGAAAAUACACAUCAAAGUUGGCAUUUUAAUCCAAAAAACACGGAUUUUUUUUUCUCAUGUACUGCGUGCUGCAGAAUUUUUUUUUAUACUGCGCACACUGACCACACAGACCCAUUCUCUCACAUGUGGGCCUACCAGCUUUCUCUCACUUGAUUUGAAGCCGCUAGAAUUUUGGCAUAUUAAUACUUCAAAAGCACUGUCUUGUAAAACAUAUACAAUUGAAACAGCAAAGGGUUAACAUACCAAAUAAAUAUGAAAGCAGUACACAUGCACCAGGGACUCAAGCACAAGUAAUGAACGUACAAUACUAGUUUUUGUUUAGGGUCGCCCAGUGAGGUUAUUCGAGCACGAGCCAAUACAAAACCAGUUAUUGCCAUUCAUGAAGAUAUCCACUUGAGUGACUACAAACAAACUCACACUCAGUGUAGACAAGACAUUCUACAAACUGCCUGAGAACAAGCCUAAAAAAUUUCAUUACCUCAAACCUCUCAUUGCACAACAAAAUUCUGCCAUUAGAAUAAUCAGUCAAUCAGCUUGUAGACAACCUCCCCCCCCCCCUACUAUUCACAAGUUUAAAUUUAUUCAAUAUACAAAAUAGUCAUUCCUUCUCUUAUAUAUACUACUAUACAGGAGGGCCCCAUUUGUAUGGCCCUUAGGUUCUCUACCCUCUACGGUAAGCAAAAAUCACUGAUGGGUGGAAAAGAGCAUUUUUUCUUCAUAGACAGUGUUUAAAAUAUCUGAUAACAUGUUUACACUAUCAUAUAUUAAGGCAAAAAACAAAUUAAAAAAGUAAAAUAAACACACUGUACAUAAAUACAUAUUUAGUCCUAUAGCCUCAUAACAAGGACAAAGAUGCUCGGCAUGUCAAGAGAUUUUCUAACAGCAUAGAGAUUAUGAAUGUGAAAAUGUCAGUACAGGUACUCCUUGACUUACGAUGGGGUUACUUUCUGAUGGACCCAUCGUAAGUUGAAAAUGUCAUAAGUCGAAUGUGAUAUGCUAAAUAAAUAAAAAAAUAACUGCUGUUACUGAAAAAGUAAAUAAACAAAUUACUGUAACUAUAUAAAUACCAGGACUGAAAAGUAAAUAAAUGAAUACAAGUUACAGACUUGCUGCCUUUAUGCUGGGUAAUUAUCUUGAGUUUCAUCUCCAAAGUAAUUGCUUUUGCACCAUCAUAAGCUGAGGAGCACCUUUAUACAACAGUUUGGUUGGUGUGUUCAACAAAUGACAAUAAAGACUCCAGGUAGACACUCAGAUCCCUCACUGAUCCUGCAGGCUGCAAACUGACUCUACUACAAUCAGGGGCAUCAAAAUCUCCAGUCUGCAUUUUCCUGAGGUUUCCCCUGACAAUCAGAAUCUCUAUUUUACCAUCAUUUAGUCUCAAUUUUCUAUUUGUCAUCCAAGUCUGAAUAUUGAGCAGAAGAGAACUAAAACAGAGUUUUGCAUUUUCCUUAUUCAAAACCUGGAUGUAGACCCGUAUAUUGUCAGCAUAAAAAUGGGCAUCCAGCAGUAUGGUUAAGUCACAGCAUAACAGUAAACAAUGCCAGUCCAAGAACAGAGCAUUGAUGAAUGCCUUAGGGUAAAGGCUUAGAUACAUAAUCAUUAAUUACUGCUUGAUAUGACUGAACAAAAAGAUGUCAUUUCAAAAGCGAUACAGCAGUAUCCUUAAGACCACAACUUAAAAGAUCACUUUUCAGUAAUGCAUGAUCAUUGGUAUCAAAUACAGCAGAGAGGUUCAACAAAAUCAUCGCCGUUGCAUUUUCUAAACAAGCGUUCAGUAACAACUUAGGCGUAGUACACUAAGGGAAUCUCCUUCAAGGGCUAAAUACAUAUGGCCUCUCCUCACUUAACGAUGGAGUUCCGUUCCUGAGACCAUGUUGUUAAACAAAUUCAUUGCAAAGUGAGGAGCAUACUAUUAUAAUGGUAGUGCGUUUGUGUCAACCAUCUUUGAUAUUGUUUUAAUGUCACCUUUGCACCAUUUUUAACAUUUCUGGUAUAUUUUAUAUGUUUAUACAGUAGUGUACUAUAUACUGAAAUACGUAAACAGAAUAGAGAAAAUCUGCUCUAAUAUACAUUAUUUAGCUAUGAAUACUGGUCAGAAAGCCCGUUGUAAGUCUUGAUGCGUCGGUAAACGAGUACGUCAUUAAGUGAGGAGAGGCUGUACGCAAGUCAGUGAAUAAUUUUGUAAGGGGAGAUCUCAGAGGUCAUUAGAGUACACAGGUUUGAUGAGAGAAUAUUAUACUCAUAUCCGUUGAAUGAAAUAGUCUAUGUGCAGACUGAACACACAGUAAAACAUUACCUCACUCUCCAGGAAAGGAACUGAUAAAAAAAUAGCACGUUCACUCAAUUUAGAAACGAACGUAAGAUUAGAAACAGGAUGAUAGUUUGAUAUAUUUUCUGAAUUAAUUAAAUUUUUCUUGAGGAGUGAGAGAACUAAGUCCCCAUUCAUUGACUGUGAGAAACAUCUGCUUUGAAAAUAAUGAUUGAUCAAUAGAGUUAUAGAGGGGCAACAGUUUUGUAUGCUGUCAAGAUCUUUGAAGUAUUUAUGGGGUCUAAUGGACAGUAUGUCUUAUUAGAUGCUGUGAUAUACUAUACAACUCCCUCCUUGCCAACUGGAAUAAAUAAUGAAUCAAUAAUUCAUGUUAAGUGUUAAACCCAUGUGGGUCAUUCACUGCAAGAUGUGGUGAGGCUUGAUCUUCCAUCUGCUGAGUGCCAGACAUACACACUUCCUAUUUGCACUCGCCUAACCAACUAGAGCAAACUAAGACAAGGAAAUCUGUGACAUUAUAAUCUAAAACAAACACUGAAUACUCUGCACCAGCUUGAGAUGAAUCCAUUUCCACACAAAUAUUAUAUUUUUCUAUCCAAAAUAAUCAGAAAAGGCUGAGGUCAGCAGAAAAGCAUAAUCAGAGACAGGUAAAGCAGGUUCAGAUAUACAGCCAAGAUGAAGAGAAAGGAGCUCCUUAUUUCCAUAACAAGAUUCAGUUAUUUUCCUGUAGUAUUCCACUUUAUAAACUGAUACCUGGUCACAACUGAUCUAUGGGUUUCUAUAUAAUCAGACCAUGAUUCCGGAGUGCACAGUUUGUGCCAUCAGCAUUCUGCACUCCUAUGAUUCCUCCAUAGCUGGGCAACAGAGGAAUUGUAUGAAGGGGCAAAGUCCUGAAUGAUGAUCCUUGCAGUGAUCAAAGGAUAGAGCUUAAUAGUCUUAGCCACAAAUAGCUCAUGAAUCCUUGCUAAUUGGCCAACAAACAGUGCAAAUAACUGUCAUACAAACAGCAGUCACAUGGCUAUUGUCUAACGCGGCAGUUUUUUAAAACAGAGUAAACAAAUGAACAUAGCAGGUGUCAGACAGCAAGUCAUAAAAUGUGUAUUAACAUUUAUCUUAUAAAACUUUUUUUUUUUUUUUAGCACAUUGACCAUUUCCCACUGAGGCAGGAUGACUAAAAAAAAAAGAAACCACUUUCAUCAUCACUCAUGCCAUAACUGUCUUGCCAGAGGCCAGAGGUAUGCCAAUACUACAGUUCAAAAAACUUAAUCUUACAAAAACAGUGUACAAGAGGUGGGCAUAAAACAAAAUUCACAAGGCAUGUUAUGCCACAAAACAAAUUCUAAAAUUUUCUAGUUUUCAAAAGUCACAAGAUCUGGCACUGAAAAGUAUAAGACAAGGUUUUGUAUUUCAUGGAAAGAAAAGGGUGUGUUAAAGUCUCCCCUCCCAAGUUAUGUUACAUAAUGUGAUGUAAAUGGUUUAGAAAACAGACAAGUUGAAGAAUGAGACACUUGGGUGGCACUUGGGAAUCUUUACUGAGGAAACGUUUUGCCAGCCACUGACUUCUUCAGUCCAGUACAAAGAAGAAUGGUGGAAGAUGAUGAGGAAUUUUGAGGUAAUCAGUCCCUCAGCCUGGAGUUGAUGUGUUCAGUCCAGUGGACAAGUGUCUCAUUCUUCAUCAUGUUACUGUACAUAAUCCACAUUCUGAAAGUUGUUUUUAACUUGAUGUAGCAUUUCUUACGUCAUCAGACAGGAUCACAUUUACCCACAGAAGAUGGAUAAAACAGUAUAGUACAGUGGAACCUCGGUACCUCUGUUUUCGUAUGCCCUGGUUUUCGUUGAAUUCAGUUUUCAAUGACUUUUUUUGUCAAUAUUUUGUCCCAUUUUUCGUUUGUCACCUCGGUUUUCGUCUCUCCAUACUGAACGUGUCCACCUGCCCGCACACACACACAAAGCAUCCCACGCAUUCUGAGUCAGUCUUGCUUUGUUUCUCGUCGAGUGAACAUUACCCUGUGCGUUCAUACGAAACAUUUCGUAAUAAUCCACUGUUUUUUGUACUUGUUUAUUGAGUGAGACUGCUAAAUAAGCCACCAUGGGGCCAAAGAAAGUUCCGAGUGCCAGCCAUUUGAUAAAGAAGGCAAGAAACAGGAUAGAAUUCAAGAAAGAACUCGUAGCAAAGUAUGAAAGUGGCGUACGUGUGGUCGAUCUCGCCAAGAUGUACAGGAAGUCCUCAUCAAUGAUCAGUUCCAUCCUGGCAAAGAAAAAGGAAUCAAGGAAUGUGAUGUUGUGAAAGGGGUAAAUGUGCUAAUGAAGCAAAGAUCUCAAACAAUCAAAGAUGUUGAAAAAUUAUUGUUGGUGUGGAUCAAUGAAAAACAUUUAGUGGGAUAGUGUUGUGGAGGCGAUAAUUUGUGAAAAGGCAAGGCAGUUGCAUGAGGAUCUCGUAAAGAAAGCCUGGAUUUAUUGCUGCUGUUAGUGAAUUUAAGGCCAGCAGAAGCUGGUUUGACAAAUUCAUGAAGCGAACUGGCAUACACAGCGUGUUAAGGCAUGGCGAGGCUGCAAGUUUGGACAAACGUGUGGCCAAAGAAUUCGUUGAUGAAUUCAAGGGGUACGUAGAGGCUGAAGAUUCCUCCCCCAACAAGUCUUCAGCUGUGAUGAAACAGGCCUCUUUUGGAAGAAAAUGCCAAAGAGGACCUACAUCACUGAGGAGGAAAAGGCACUGCCAGGACACAAGCCUAUGAAGGAUAGGCUAACUCUUUUGUUCUGUGGUAAUGCUAGUGGGGAUUUCAGAGCGAAGCCUUUACUGGUGUAUCACUCAGAAAAUCCCCAAGUGUUCAAGAAAAACAAUGUCAUGAAGAGUAAAUUGUGUGCGAUGUGGAAGGCUAACAAUAAGGCAUGGGUCACGAGGCAAAUUUUCAUUGAGUGGGUCAAUGAAGUGUUUGGCCUGAAUAUGAAGAAAUACCUCCUGGAAAAUAAAUUGCCACUCAAGUGCCUCCUGGUAAUGGACAGUGCUCCUCCUCAUCCUCCAGACCUGGAAGACCAAUUGUUGGAGGAGUUUAGUUUCAUCACAGUGAAGCUCCUGGCCCCUAAUACCACUCCUCUCAUCCAGCCCAUGGACCAGCAGGUGAUUUCAAACUUCAAAAAACUCUACACCAAAUCAAUGUUUCAAAGGUGCUUUGAAGUGACCUCAGACACUGAAUUGACCCUAAGAGAGUUCUGGAGGAAUCACUUCAAUACCCUCAAUUGCAUAAGCCUUAUAGAUAAGGCUUGGCAGGAAGUGACUUCCAGGAUGAUGAAAUCUGCUUGGAGAAAAUUGUGGCCAGAAUGUAUCCAAGAGAAGAGCUUUGAAAGGUUUGAGGCUGACCCUGACAACCCUAUGUCUGUUGUGGAAUCUAUUGUGGCUUUGGGAAAGUCCAUGGGGUUGGAUGUGAGUGGCCAGGAUGUGAAAGAGUUGGUGGACGAUCACAGGGAAGAGCAUACCACUGAAGAGCUGCAACACCUUCAGCUGGAACAGCAACAGAUUGCAGCUGAGGAAAUUGCUUCAGAGUAGGAGGAGGAAGAGAGAGGGGAGAAUGUGUCUUCUUCAGUGGUUAAGGACAUAUGUGCAAAGUGGAGUGAGUUACAAAGUUUUGUAGAGAAAUAUCACCCUAACAAAGUUGUUGCAAACCGUGUCUGCAACCUGUUCAAUGACAAUGCCUUGUCCUAUUUUAGGCAAAUCUUAGAGAGACGCCAGAAACAGACCUCUGUGGACAGAUUUUUUGUGCGACAGGGGUCCAGUGCCAAUAAAAGACAAAGAAGGGAAGUAACCCUGGAUAGGGACUUGAUACCUGAAGUCCUUAUGGAGGGGGAUUUCCCUUCCAACCAAUAACCUUUCCUCCUCCCUCUCCCCUCCUUGCGUCUUCCAUAUGCCAGCAAGAGUCUUCAAUAAGGUAAAAGUGAUAUUAAAUGUUCAUUUAUCCAUUUCAUUUGUCCUUUAUAUUAAUUUCUCAUUGUUUUCUGUAUGUAAAACUUUAGUUAUUCUCUAUAAAUGUAUU